GUAACGAUAAUAACGACUAUACUCAGACCCCGUCCUCUUCAUCUGCUUCAAAUUCACGGUUAACCACGGAAAAUGAGAGUAUACCGAGAAUCGGCCGAUCAAAAUUUACCCGAAUUCCAGUAGAAGACAAUGAACUCUCUCCAACAAUUAUAUCAACCAUUCAAAAUCUUCCACCGGAGAAUUUUGGAAACGAAGAUUCCUCUGACGAAAGUUCGGAUCUUUCAGACGACGAAAGUGAAUCAAGCUCUCCAAGGAAUAAUUACGGAUCAAACUCAUUGUCAAUAACAUCUCCGUCUAACGGCACAACUUCAAGAAUGGCAUCAUCGAUAUUAGAACAACCAAUUGCACCAGCCGAACAGAUGCGUGCUAUAGUGGUGAAUCGCCCCACCGCGCAAAUGAUUGAAAAUUUUCGGUUAUCAACUCAGUCAAUGAAAGAUGAGGAGGUCUUGGAUUUCGUAAUGAAACCAGUUCCACAAGGUCAAAAAGUUCUUUGCAAAAUAACUCGUAGCAAAGAUGGGUUUGGAAAAUUUUAUCCGCAAUAUGAACUCUUUGUGGAAGAUUUGACGGAUCAAACUCGAACAUUUAUGCUUGCAGCACGAAAACGAAAAAAAAGCAAAAGUUCUCAUUAUGUUAUCACUACAGAUAGACUUGGCGAUACAAUAAAACACAUUGUCGGUAAAGUCAGAUCCAAUUUUUUGGGAACUGCAUUUACCAUCUACUCGCAGGGCAGAAACCCAUUCAAACGUGAACAAAUUUCAGCAGAUGUUCCUCUUCGCGAAGAAUUGGGUGCGGUGGUCUAUGAUCCAAAUAUUUUGGGAUUUAAAGGUCCCCGUAAGAUGACAGAAGAGGAGACGCUGAUUGGAAAGUUUAAGAGCGGAAGUCAUCGAGACAUCUUAGUACUUCAUAAUAAAUCGCCUCAAUGGAAUGAAGAAACUCAAUCAUAUGUCUUGAAUUUUAGCGGACGUGUAACUUUGGCUUCUGUUAAAAAUUUCCAGAUUGUGCAUGAUAAUGAUUUGGACUAUAUCAUAAUGCAAUUUGGUCGAGUCUCUGAUGACACAUUUACUAUGGACUUUAUGUAUCCUAUGUGUCUGUUACAAGCUUUCGCGAUUGCAUUAAGCAGCUUUGAUGCAAAACUCGCUUGUGAAUAA